AUGCACGCGCCAGGACCCGACCACCCGGUAUUCACUCGGCUCACCCGGGCGCAACUGGUUGCUCGGCGGCGACACAUCGGGCUUCAGACGCUCGUCUUCGAUGUGUCUAGCGGCAGCGGGUCAAGCAAGUCACCAGCUGCACGAGCGAAACUGUGUUCGUACUGCAGGCGCAUGUUCACCACAGUCUGGAAGCCGUACUUGUGCCACGUUUGCGGCCACUGGGUUUGCGAGCCGUGCUCGCGCGUGAUGGAGCGCGAGCGACAGGAGCAGGUCAUCCGCUACAUUCGGUGCUGCGAGAGCUGCUUGCCACUCUUGAACAAGUGGACGCCCAACCUCGACGAAAUCGUGGCGUUCACGUUCUGCCCGUGGGUGGUUCAGUCUAGCGUGAGUCCGCUGGGGGUGAAUCUGGCCGACACACUCCGCUCGCAACCAGAGCGUCGCAAGGCGGCACUGGCGCUGCUCCGCCACUUGGGGAAGGAAGUUGACAGCGUCGCGGGGGUGCUGCUGGAAGACAUCAGCGAGGACGAGUGGGCUGCCACGGUCUCGUCGUCCAACGCGCCGCCUGAGACCAUCGCCGAGCAGCGCUCAAACUCGAGGCUGAUCCGAGGCGCUCAGCACUUCGAACAGCAGUGUCUGGACGUGCGGAUCCCGGAGAUUCCCCUGGAGAAGUGUCUGCUGGCCGAAGAGGACGGUCGUCGCAGCUACCCGCUCACAUACGAGUCGCCGACGCAGGUCCCGCUGGUGCCGAACCACCCGAGAGAAACGGAGCGCGCCGAGUGGAUCAGACGCUACAACCUGCACGACCCGGACUUGACCGUGUCGGAAGAGGUGGCGUUGAUCUGCGACCUCGUGGCCAAGGAGAUGGAGGCGGACAUCGGCGUGGCCACCGCGGUGCUGGGCGACCGGCAGUGGUUCACCCCGCCAGUGCGCCACGAGAGCGGCGUGCUGCUCAUCAACGAGCGCAAGGAGUCGUUCUCGUCGCACUCGCUGCUGUCCGAGAAGAAGCCCUUCCUGGUGCACAACGCGCAGCUCGACGUGCGCUUCCGCAACUACAAGGUGGCCACGGCCAAGAACAGCCUUUCCUUCUUCUUCGGCGUGCCCGUACUGGCGGGCGACGGCGUCAUCGUCGCCACGCUCUGCGCGCUCGACAGCAAGCCGCGACGCAGCAUCACCACGAUGCAGUACUCGGUCAUGGUGGCGCUGGCCAAGGUGCUGGCCGCGGUCUGGAGGGAGGAUCGCACAGCGACGGCAUCCCGAGGGAGAUGA